GGCUGCUGAAACUUUUUCUUGUCAGUCUCCUAACUACCAUGGCCGAACAAUCCUAAAUUUAAAAAAGUGUUUGAACGUAAAGAGUACAAAAUGGAGUUGAGAUUGGGACUGCUUUUAUUCACAUUCGUGCAUAAAGUAAUAUCAAGUGAAGAUACAUCAUGUGAAGCUGUUGUCACUAAAAAUUCAGAACCAGGAUGUUUAUUGAAAGUAACAUGUAAACACCAUUUGAAAAAUAUAAAUUCACUAAUAGAAAAAGAUAAAAAAGAUGAAAUAUGUUCUGGCAGUUUAGGAACAGUUCCGAUAAUUAACAUUCGUUUAGAAUUUUAUGAUGUGCCUUUCAACGAUGUAAACAAUCUAAAAGAACUUAAUUCUCUCAGUGAUGAAAUAUGUAAAGACGUAAAGUAUUUGACCAUCAAUGGCGGAGAAAUGACAGAGGUACCGGAAGUAGUUUAUAAUAAAAUGAAUAAUCUUGAGAGCAUCCAUUUAGAAAAUAAUAAUUUAGUAUCAUUAAAUAUACACAAAUUACUAAAAGAGAACUUGAAAAUUUUAAGUGUAUCUGGGAAUAAAAUUGACAAAUUAGUCGAAGAAGCUAGUAAAAACAAAUGUAAUCUUGAAAUAAUUGAUCUUAGUAAAAAUCGAAUUACUGACAUUCCAAGUCAUUAUUUUGCUACCUGCGAAAAAUUAAAAAAAUUUUAUUUAUCUUCUAAUGCUCUAAAAAAGCUAAAAAUUGAACAAUUCCAUGGACUUCAAUUACUAGAAAUGUUGGAUUUAGCGUAUAAUAAAUUAACAGAUGUUGACCAUAGUUUAAAAAUAUUUCGAGAUAUUAAAGAGUUAUAUUUGGAUGGCAAUAAUUUCCAAAAUAUAUCUAAAGAUUUUUUUCAACCAAUGCCGAAAUUAACAAUACUAGGUUUGUCCUCCAACAGAUUGACCAAUUUAAAUGGCAGUUUAGAGCCACUUGAAGAACUGACUAAAUUAGAUUUAAGCGAAAAUAAUUUAACAGCUAUUGAUGAUAAAAUAUUUUCCAAAAAUGGAAAAUUGGAGAAGUUAGAUUUGUCUGAUAACAAUAUCCGGGACAUACAGCGUGGAAGUUUUAAAGGUAAGCGUAUUACUGAAUUUAAUUUUGCAAACAAUGAGUUGCAAGGUACCCUCAAACGUGAAACGCUUGAUGGCAUCGACCCUAUUAUACUCGAUUUGAGCUUCGGGGGAAUUACGGAAAUAGAAGCCGAAUGUUUUAGUUCCAUGACAAAAUUAAAAGAGUUGCUAUUGAAGCACAAUAAGAUUCAGAAAAUUAAUGAAUUAGCUUUUAAAGGUGUAACAAGUUUAGAAAAAUUAGAUUUGAGUGAAAAUAAACUUAAUAUACUAAAUUUUCGAAGUCAUGACUUAGCGAAAUUAAAAGAACUGAACAUAGCACAUAAUGAAAUAGGAAAUGUAAAGCCAGAAGUAUUUGAAAACUUGCGUAAUCUAUUAAAAUUAUAUUUAUCACAUAAUAAUAUCAAGGAAAUAUUACCUAAUACGUUUCAAAAACUAGAUAAGUUGGAAAAACUCGAUAUUAGUAACAAUCCUCUCGAAGAUAUAGAUGGAAAUACCUUUAAAGGUUUAUCUCAACUUCAAAAACUUUUAAUUUCAAACACAUAUAUGAAAUCUCUUGUAAGAGAUGUAUUUUCCGAAAUGACAAAACUUCAAUAUUUAGAUGCGUCUUCAAAUAAGAUCCAAAGUAUUGAAAAAGACACUUUUCAAAAUAACAAGGAAAUAAAUGAGCUCUAUUUAAGUGGAAAUAUGAUUAAAAAUAUUGAUGAAAUAUUAAAUGGUUUAGUUAAUUUACGCAAAUUGGAUUUGAGCAAAAAUGAAAUAAAUUCAUUUACAAGCGAAACAUUUUCUUCACUUCAUAAAUUAGAGUUUAUUGAUUUAUCUGAUAAUCAAAAUUUAGGUUUAAAAAGUCCUUUUGAUAAUUUGAUUACAUUAACAACAGUGAAUUUGCAAAAUAUUAAAGAAGUCACUUUUGAAAAUAUUACAAAUUCAAACAUCAAAAAUCUUGACUUGACAUCGUGCAAUAUAAUAGACCUCAACGCUGUUCACAUUGACAAAUUAAAGGAAUUAGAAUCAUUAAAACUUUGUAAUAACAAAAUACCAUCAAUAAAACUGGACUUAUUUGAGCAAAAUGAUAAGCUUAAACUACUAGAUUUGAGUCAAAAUCAACUAUCAGAAAUAAACCGCUCUAAGAAUUUCGAUUCAUUACAUCAUUUGGAAACCCUGAACCUUUCAUCAAAUAAUUUAAAAAAAUUUACACCUUUAAAUUUGCAAAGUAGUAAAACAGUCAAAAACCUUUUAUUAGAUAAUAACAACAUUGAUUAUCUAGACUUUGAAGGGUUUUCGCUUGCAGGAGUCGAAAAACUUAGCAUUAGUGGCAAUCCGAUUCUCUGUAAAGACAUAGAGGAAGCAAGAGCUAAAAAUUGGUAUGACGAUUUUAAUUUGACAGCAAUUAAAAAUAGCCUCAACGGUUGUCGUAAUCCAACUCCUCCCCCGACAGAACCAGGUAAAAGCCCUGUACCUGUACCCCACCCCACUGUAGAAUACCCUACAGAAUGGGGAAACAUGAAGCAACGUAUAAAAAAUACAGAUGAGAAAUUAACUCAGCACAUUAACUCAUUUAGACCGAUAAUUAUUUUUGUAAAUAAUAAUUGAUUUCUCAGCAAGAACUUACAAAAGGAAGCAUAAAAAUCAUGAAAAAAAUAUUUAAAAAAAUAAUCCAUAAAAAGGGGGCCGUGGGGAGCCCGUACCAUAUAGGGUACAGUAGGUCUAUAUGCAUGCAAAACAUACUACACUCGACGUCAAAUAAAUCGCACCUCCCGCAACAAGCAUUUUCAAACGUAUGCAUCCCCACUUCCCACCAAUAUUGGUACCAUUUAAAAGCCUAGUUCUAACCUUCAUUUCAUUAAAGGAAAGGUUUUUACCCCAAAAAUGUGUCUUUAGAAGGAUCCAGAGUCACUUCUUCAAAAAAUAGGUAGUUACGCUAGAGCCAACUUUUAUGGCUAUAAAACUGUUAAGUUGGGUUUAAUUGCUAUCCAUCUGUUAAAGAGGACACGUGAAAUCAUUAUUUGGUUUUAUAACCAUAAAAAUUGGUCUAAUUGAUCCCAUAGGUGGGCCCAAAGUGAGGUAUUUUUUCAAGUCACAUUUAUGGUAUAUGUUACUCAUUUAUUAAGAAAUUAAAUGUGUUUUUCUUUAAGGAUAUUUAUUGGGCUUUCAAAUAACACCAAUAUUGUUGGGGUACCAUGAUUGUGUCAGAAGAAAAUCGUUAAAGUUCACGUCGCGGAAGGUGCGGUUUAUUUGAUGUUGAGUAUAGUUGUUCAAAGCAGGUUUUUAUUUAUUUUUGUAUGACAUAAAAUAAAAAUAAAAUCACAUAAUCACCAGUAUUACUCUUGGCAUAGCUUGUAAGUCGUUUUAUGUGGCACUAAUCACAUUUGGUUCUUUUUUCCUACCUUCUCCAAAGUUAGUGAGGAUAGCUGAAGAAGACCUGGCUUCUUCUGACUUGUUACGUUUAUUGCUAUCAAUAACCGCAUUUAACAAUACGAUGACGGAAAUUUAGCAAAUCCAUCGAAGAAAACUCUGAGGGUAAUUAUUUACAUUGACACUAUCGUUAUCGCCUGAAUCUUCGUCAGUCUGAUCACCAUUAGCGGCCAUCUGAUAAGAAAGCAGUAAAAAAAUACCAAAAUUGCUUUGUUUGCUGAAAUUAUAUUUUUUUUCUAGAGUUGUGGCAAUCAAGUGAAGCAUCAAUAGCCUAAAACAAUGAAAAAUAAUAAAAAUUAAAUUACAUUUUCUCGCAUGAUUUUGCUUAUACAUAGACCUACUGUACCUUAUAGGGUACACCUAUUUUAGACUAGAAAAAAUGGUAUAAAAAUAAUCUCAAUAAUAUUUUUUUCGUAGUUAUGAUAUCUAUUGUACUUUAUUUUUGAAAUAAAAUUGAUAAAUAAUAUAAUUUACCAUGAAUAAUAUGAAAUAUACCUUCUUGAAUACAUUGUAAAUAUUUUUUUUGUUUUCUGUCGAGGAAUUUUAAAAAUAUUUCCGAAACCACCUGUUAAAACGCAUUUUUAAAUAUUUUUAUGUAAAACUAGCUGACCCGGCGAACUUCGUACCGCCUUAGCGUAGAGAUUUUCUUAAUAUUUUUUUCCGUAAGAACCAUCCUUGGACUUCCACAAACAUUUAAAAAAAAGAAUUAUCGAAAUCGGUUCAGCCGUUCACACGUGAUGCCGUGACAACGCGAAACGGGUUUCAUUUUUAUAUAUAUAGAUAAUCACUUUAAGCUUACUGUCACAAUCAUUUUUACAAAAUAACAACAGUUUGGUACUUCAAAAUAUAUUCAAUAAUAUACCGUACCACAUAAUAAUAAGAAAAUAGCAAACGAUCACAAGGAAAUAUUAAACUCGGUCAAUCUUAUUGAAAAUCGUACAGAUACUACAAAUGCGAAAUUAGCUCAACACUUAAGUGAUUCUAAGAAUGAUCAGAAGGAAAUAUUAAAUACAGUCAAUCGUAUUGAAAAACAAUUUAAGCAACCUACAAAUACUGCAAAAAGUGACAAUUCUAUGAAAACCUUGAUGUACGUAUCGGCAAUUGGUGUAGUAUUUUCAAUAGUAUUUAUGUUGGUGAAAUGUAUUCUGAAAAUGAGGUCAAAAAAUAAAUAGUGUUGAAUAUAAUACCUAAAUACCCUUGUACACUUUCAUUCGUUUAAUUACAAUUAUUUUUAAUGGAUUUUAUAAUGUAGGUUAUAAUCGCCAGUUAGUUUUAAGCAGUGUUUGUACGUGAGGCAAUAUAUUAAUAAAUCGUGUACCUAGUGCACAUACGUGUGAAUUUUUUAUUGAUUUGUGUGGUGUAAAACAUUGAUGUAUUUACUAUUUAUCUGUCUACGAGUAUACAUACUGUACCUACAUCGGCUUUUCGUCACUGAUUACAUAAUAAUAUCAGACUGAUUUUAAAUUCUGUUUUAUCACACUUAUUAUUCGUUUUAUAAUGUACUUAGUGCCAGUAAUAAAAUGUAACUACUAAAAAUAACUAAAAAGUUUAAAUAAUAUGUGUCCUAAAUAGAAUUUAAUGCAAUAAACUAUUUAAGCCUGUA